AUGAGUGCAGAUCGAUUCCAGCAUGUCCGUUUCGCAUUCGUUGUGCAACUCACACUGCAGCUUCUGCAGCCAGUGCUACAGACGCUCACUUCUUCAUUCACGUAUGACACCAUAUAUGCUCUUGCUGUCAUGAUAUCGUUGAUCAACGUGUUGACAAGGGACUAUGAUCUUAUAGGUAACGAGCAGGUGUAUGUCAAGAACACCGAUGCGUUGCCAAUGAACUGCCUCAUACUGGUGGCCAUACUUAUUUCAUCUCGUUUCGGCUGCGCGCAUAAGGUAGGUACGAUCGUAACUGUGGAUAUACUGCUUUAG